GCUUGAGAAAUGGCGGACGGACUUAAAAUUUCCUUGCAAUUUAGGUGAGAUUUCCUCUAAGAAUUUGAUCACAAGAAACGUUGCAAAAGCCGAGAACUUUUCAUGACAGUUUUCUCUCUGGUUUAGUGGUGGAGCCGAGCUUUUAUUCAACAAAGUGAAGGAACACGAGGUGCUUUUACCGAAGGACGAGAAUCCAUGUGAGUAAGAUUUGCCAUUUCAAUGGCAGAUGAUUUACACCGCGACUAUAUGUCCAGUAGCGGGAUACGAUUUUUAAAAUACUCUAUUCCCGGAAGACGAGUAUAAGUAUUAAUUUCUACUUGCAGUUAUCGCAUAAGAAGUCAAAGAAUAGUCAGAUCAGGAAAUUUGAAUGGGGCAGUGUAAAAUGCAGACUGUAGACUGACUGCGGACUAUUGUUUUUAGGGUUAGAACACAAUGGGACUAUUGUUGUCACGUUCUAAUUCGCAUGGUGAAAACAAUAGUGCGCAGUCUGCAUUUUACACCAACCGGAAUUUGAAUUGUCAGACUGUUAGUGUAAAACGCAGCCUGCAGACUAUUGUUUUCACCAUGCGAAUUAGAACGUGACAACAACGGUCCCAUUGUGUUCUAACCCUAAAAACAAUAGUCCGCAGUUAGUCCACAGUCUGCAUUUUAUACAGCCCGCCCCCAUUGUCAGGUAGUGCAUUCCAUUUUGUAUCCUCUCCUGCCCAUCCCCCUCCCCCCACCCCAUCUCCCCAAAGAUGGCUGGCAUCCAAACCCUCAAUUUUUUGUUGACAUCGUUUGAAAAAUGAGCUUCCAAGUGUUUGGGUUUUGUUGGCACUUUUGAAAAUAUGUCCAAAGGGUUCUGUCAAGAGAAUAUUGAAAACCCCUUUUCAAAAUCCUGCCAUCCUCAGGGCUGGGGCAGGGUGUGGAUAAAAUGUCCAAGUUCUAGUGAGUGACUGUAAAAAAUCUCAAACAAAGGUUCUUUUAGACUUUUGAAAAAGUCCUUUAAGGCUUCUUUGCAUCCUAUAAAGUGUGCUAAUUUACAGCUUUUUUGCUGUUAAAAUUGUGAGGUGCACUUGUGGUUUAGUCUGAACCCUAAAUCCCCAAUCUUAGUUCACUUUAUCUACCUGUAGAAGUAAAAUUAAUAUGAAGAUGAGACAAAUGCAGAUCAGACCGGCAGUCAUUUAGUGACAUGAAAACCAGGAUCUGCUACAGGGUCAGUUAGAUUCUGCCUUUGUGCAUUAUUUUAUUAUGAGCAUGCUAUUAUAAAGUUUCAUGUUAAACCAUGUUCUUUUCUUUAUUGAUUUUACAGGGAGUAUUAGGAGAUUGUUGAUAUGGAUUAAAGAUAAUUUGCUGAAAGAAAGACCAGAAUUGUUUCUUCAAGGAGAGUCAGUGUAAGAAUUUAAAAAAUUUCAUACUUAAGUGAAAGGAACUUAAUCUUCUUCAGAACUUGAUCUUCUUAUGUAGCUUUGGACCUCUUUUCCACCCCAGUGUAUAUGUAAAUCUGGAUGAUGUCAUAUAAAAACCAGUAAUGUACUCUUAAAGACACUUUAGUCAGUCCCAGUAGUUUUAUUGUUGUGUCCACAGUGGGGCCAAACCACUCCCUAAAUGUUUCAUCAAUUUUGCGUUGAUAGUUGUGUUAUUUUACAAUCACUUUGUUGGCUUUUUAGCUUUUUUCCCAAAAGUUGGCCUGAAAAUGCAAAAUUUCAGGCCAGGCAAAUUAGUUGCUAGCAUGUCUUAAAGUAUUCAGUUAUGACGUCAUGCUUGCUGAUGUCAUUCUUACAUAAAUUUUAAAUUUUUGAAUCUCCCAAAUUUUUUGUUUUUUCCUGAAAGAUCUGAUAAAAGGGGGUUGAAAGCUGAAAAAAAUUUUUCAAUUAUAUCUCAUAUGUGAGCUGAGAUAUUGCAGUGUGAUUUUGGAUAAAUUUGAAAAACAAAAACUGGACCCCCCCCCCCCCCUUUAGAAAUAACUUAAGUUUAAGUGUUUUCUUGUUAAAUUGCCCUUGCUAUUUAAGUUGCAUAUGAGACAUCUUGACUGUCGAAAGCUAAAAAAAGAAAUUUCCAACCGUGCAUAAUCCUGGAAAACAAAUUUGUGAUGUCAGAAACUGUCAUGUGAUCAUUUUUUUGUACUUCCUAAAUUAGCAUUAUUAGGUCAAAAAAUAAAAAUCUAAAAUCAUCCGAUUUUAGUCCACAGUGAAAAAUACCUAAAAAUAUGCUUAUUUUGUAUAAAACUGUAAAAAAAUUAUCAGAGCAAUCGAUUUUUAAGAAAAACUAUGGAUCCAGGGGGCACACUAGAAUAUUUUUGAAGUCCCAUAACUCGGCUCAUACGUGUCGUAUCGAAAAACAGUUUUCAGUAUUGUGCCUCUCUUCUGAUGCACUUUCAGUUGACAUAAGUUUCACUCAAAAAGUUAAAAACCAAUUUUUCCUAUUUUGGUGACGUCAGCCAGUGUGAUGUCACAGUUUGUACUUUUAACUAAAAAAAUGCCAAAAAGGUUUUUGGCCAUUAAUCGUAGUUCAUUGACCAAGUUUGGUUAACAAAUAUCAUUUAUCGUAAGAAAGACUUAAAUUUAGCACUCAUGCAACAUUUGAGGGGUGGUUUGGCCCCACCAUGAUCUCCCAUGGAGAGCCAUCUUUCAAUGUGUAGAAACAAUAAUCUGUAAACCAUUACUUUAUCCAUUUUCUGUCAUUACAAUAUUAUUGUAUAUUUAAAAAUUUACAGUGUGGAUACAUGUCACAGGCUAACCUCUCCUUAUGGACACCUAUAUAAUAUGGACACCUCUCUAUUACCGACAGUUCAUUAUUUUGAUCCUAGAAAUGCCAAAAAUCAUACAUUCCUUACCUCUAUAAUACGGACACUUCUGUAAAGCAGACACUUGGUUCUGUCCCUUUGGUGUCCAUAUUAAAGAGGUUUGACUGUACUCCUUUAAUGCACAUCUUUUCUACGGAAAUUCUCCUUAAACCUUGCUCUUAUGGACUGUUGCUACUACAGGCACCAACUUGUGGUCCCAGUAGUGUGCUCUGCAACAACAGGAGUUGAUAUUAUUUUGGUCAUCCUGGCAGUCUCUCUACCUAGCACAUGAAAUGAUCAGAUGUUAUUUCCAUACAUGUAGUAGACAAUGACCACUGUAACUGGUCUAACUGGUUGUACAGGCUUUUUCACUUUUACAUGAUUUCUACUUCCAAGAAAUGCAGUAUACACCAUGAGCAAACCCCAGAGAAGGGGGACACUUUUAUUUGGCCUAGACAGGUAUAUAAAAUGUAUGUGCUGCUGAACAGGGUAUGGUUUUUAGGCUCUUGAGUCUUGAACAUGGUAUACAAUUUCACUAUUAUUUUUUUAGCAUUUUGAACAGGGUGUGUUUUUGGACCAGUAGUCUUAAAAAGAGUGUGAAGGCUGCCAUUGAGCGGUCUUCUUAACUGGUACCACAAUGUUUUUUUUUUUCAAAAAAGUUAGUUUGAAAAAAAUACUGUGUGCGAAACAAAGUGAAUCAGGGUCAUGAACAUAGGACACUUGUCUUAGAUAGGGUUUGAAAGCCUCAGUGGCAAACCUUUACUCAAACUUCCCUUGAGUGCUCUCCUGGGAGAACAAACUUUGAACAUGUUGAAAAAGUCUCUGUAAAUCACCCAGUUAUUUGUUGUUUUAGGGUGUUAAAAGAUGUCUGGCUGGUAACUUCGAAAGGUACUGUAUUUCAUAAUUUUCAUUCACAUUUUUCUUUCUUUUUGUAGACGGCCUGGCAUAUUGGUGCUAAUAAAUGAGACUGAUUGGGAACUGUUGGUAUGGCCAGAUAACUGUUAUUUUUGCUGUUGUUUACUUUUUCGUGUUUUUUUUUUGUUAUUAAUAUAUACCAGCCCUUUUUUCUGUUGAUUAUAGGGAGAAUUGGAUUAUGAGUUGCAAGAAAAUGACAGCAUUGUGUUUAUAUCCACUCUUCAUGGAGGGUAGAAUAAUUGAGAAUCCAAGAGAAAAAAGCAAGACAGACUGGAGACUGGAAAGACAGUUUCAUGGGACCGGUCACAAAGAACAGCACUGCCGUCUUUCCUUGUAACUGCACCUCAGAAAGGUCUAGCUCCUGAAAUAAGCGUAGGAUGUUUGGAAAAAGCAAGUUACUUGCAUUGACUCAUGUGAUACAUGUCAUCCAUUUCUUCAAUAUGUAUAAAAAAGAAAGAUACAUUUGUUCAAGUAUUAUUUUGAUAAAUCCAGUAAUGACAGAUUACUCAAAAAUGAACUUUCUUAAGUAGGAAGAAACUAUUAAUUUUUAUAAAAUUUAGGUGCUAGUAGUGCAGCCAGUUAGUGUUAUUGGCUCAAGAUUUAUAUUGCGGGAUUGAAACUCAAAAGUAAAAAUAUAAAAAACUAUCCUAUAGUUUCCUGUAAAGGAGAGAAGUGAGGUCAGCUGUCCUCUGUGGCAAAUUGAACAAGUUUGGAAUUAAAAGUAUCAUAAUAAAUAGAGGAUAUUACACGGUGGCACGAAGAUAUGAAUUUUAUUUUCAUGUG